CUUCCUUCUAUGCUUCCCAGGCUGCUUCUGCUCUCUUCCUCCCUGCGUUCCCUCCCCGCAGGUACCUCCCGAGCGACCCGCUUCCCCUUCCCUUCCCUCCCUCGGCCUCUCCCCGCGGUUUCCCCUCGACCCUUUCGCGCUCGCAGUGGGUUCGCCAUGGCCCGGCACGCGGACGCCUCGACGUCGCUGCCCCGGGGGCGCGCCAACCGUCUCGCCUCCGAGCAUAGCCCUUAUCUCCUCCAGCACGCCCACAAUCCCGUCAACUGGUAUCCGUGGGGUGAAGAGGCUUUCGCCGAAGCAAGAAAGAGGGAUGUGCCCAUCUUCCUAUCAAUCGGCUACAGCACGUGCCACUGGUGUCAUGUCAUGGAGGUGGAAUCCUUUGAAGAUGAGGGAGUGGCAAAGUUACUUAAUGAUUGGUUUGUCAGUGUCAAGGUGGAUCGAGAGGAACGACCAGAUGUUGACAAGGUAUACAUGACAUACGUGCAGGCAUUGUAUGGUGGCGGAGGUUGGCCUCUGAGUGUCUUUCUUUCACCUGACCUGAAACCUCUAAUGGGUGGGACUUACUUCCCUCCCGAUGAUAAAUUAGGAAGACCGGGCUUUAAGACUGUUCUCAGGAAGGUGAAAGAUGCAUGGGACAAUAGGAGGGAUAUGCUUGUUAAAGGUGGAACAUUUGCCAUUGAACAGCUCUCAGAAGCAUUAUCAGUGAGUGCAGAAUCGAAUAAAUUGUCAGAUGGACUUCCCCAAACUGCAGCGCAAAAAUGUGCAGACCAGCUUUCGGCAAGUUACGAUCCAAAAUAUGGUGGAUUUGGAUCAGCCCCGAAGUUUCCGAGACCUGUAGAAGUGCAGUUAAUGCUUCAUCAUGCCAAAAAGCUGGAGGAGGCAGGAAAAUCAAGUCAGGCAGAUAAGGCUUCGGGUAUGGUUUUCUUUAGCUUGAAGUGCAUGGCGAGAGGAGGCAUCCAUGAUCACAUUGGAGGUGGUUUUCACAGAUACAGUGUGGAUGAAUGCUGGCACGUUCCACAUUUUGAGAAGAUGUUGUAUGAUCAUGGACAGCUUACCAAUGUAUAUCUGGAUUCCUUUACAAUCACGAAAGAUGUGUUUUAUUCGUGUGUUUCCCGUGAUAUUCUGGACUAUUUGAGAAGAGAGAUGACUGGGUCUGAAGGUGAAAUAUUUUCAGCAGAGGAUGCAGAUAGCGCAGAAUAUGAAGGAGCCCCCAGGAAAAAGGAAGGUGCUUUUUAUGUAUGGACUAGCAAAGAGGUUGACGAUGUACUUGGAGAGCACUCGGAACUUUUCAAGGACCACUAUUACAUAAAACCCUCUGGCAACUGCGACCUCUCUAUAGCAAGUGCUCCACACAAUGAAUUUAAGGGGAAAAAUGUGCUUAUCGAGAGAAGUGAUCCUUCAGCCCAGGCGUCAAAGCAUGGCAUGCCUAUAAGCAAAUAUCUUGACAUUUUGGGAGAAUGUAGACAAAAGCUUUUUGAUGUAAGAGUAAGGCGUCCUCGACCACAUUUGGAUGAUAAGGUCAUUGUUUCAUGGAAUGGGCUUGUGAUAUCAUCUUUUGCAAGAGCGUCUAGAAUUCUCAGAACUGAAGCUGAAGGAACCAAGUUCCAUUUUCCUGUUGUCGGUUCUGACCCCAACGAGUACUUGGAGGCAGCGGAGAAGGCAGCCUCUUUUAUAAAGAGGCAACUUUAUGAUGAGCAGACACGGAGACUUCAACAUAGCUUCCGCAAAGGCCCAUCCAAAGCUCCAGGAUUUUUGGACGAUUAUGCUUUUCUAAUAGCAGGGCUCCUUGAUUUGUAUGAGUUUGGCAGUUCUGUGCAGUGGCUAAAAUGGGCAAUUCAGUUACAGGACAAACAGGAUGAACUCUUCCUUGACAAAGAGGGAGGGGCCUAUUUCAACACCCCAGGGGAAGAUCCUUCCGUCCUCCUCCGCGUUAAGGAAGAUCACGAUGGGGCCGAGCCAUCAGGAAAUUCAGUGUCAGCAAUAAAUCUCGUCAGAUUGGCAUCUUUAGUCUCAGGAAGUAGGGCUGCCGGGUACAGGCAGAAUGCGGAGCAUCUUUUGGCCGUUUUCGAGUCGAGAUUAAAGGAAUUGCCUAUGGCCGUGCCGUUGAUGUGUUGUGCGGCUGAUAUAUUCUCGGUCCCUUCUCGGAAGCAAAUUGUUGUGGUUGGUCGGAAAGAUUCUCAAGAGUUUGAGAAGAUGCUUGUCACUGCUCAUGCUGAACAUGAACCGAACAAAACAGUGAUUCACAUCGAUCCCACCAACUCAGAGGAGGUACAGUUCUGGGAAGAGAAUAACAGUAACAUCGCGCUGAUGGCCAAAAACAAUGCUGCUGAAGACAGAGUGGUGGCGCUUGUGUGCCAGAACUUCACUUGCAGCCCCGCGAUCACCAGCGCAAGCUCUCUGCAAGCAAAGCUGUCGCCUAAAUCAUCCGUCCGAACUGCAUCCUAAUGGAGCGGAGUGCAGAAACACGAGGUGCGAAAGGUUAUGCAGCUACGCGCUUUGCGAGUACUUAUAGUAAAUAACAUACUCGAGCCAUGUUUAGCUCUGAUCGGUAAAUAAUUUUAGCUGGUGGUGUACAGAGAUGAGACUUGUUCGUCUACCCUGGUAGUGGUAGUCACAGUAAUAAAAAGGCCAUUUUGAAGGCUUAGCUUUGUGAUA